AUGUUUCCCUCGACCUUCACUCGCGCUGCUUUGGCGGCUGGACUCCUUGUCUCUGGUGCCGCUGCGACUUACAAUGCUGCCGCUAAGACGAACAUUGCUAUGUACUGGGGACAGGGAUACGAUCAGAUCCCACUGAUCGAUGUUUGCACUGACCCGAACGUUGAUAUUGUCAACAUCGGCUUCAUCAUCAAGUUCCCUACCGUGGUCGGCGCAUACCCCGGAAGUAACCAUGCCAACGCGUGUGGUGAUGCUGUAUAUUACGAUCCGGUCCUGAAAGAGAACAGCACUCUGUUCAGUUCCUGCCCUGGCAUAGAGGAAGGCAUCAAUGCUUGCCACAGGAGGGGCAAGAAGGUUAUGCUCUCCCUCGGAGGUGGCUGGCCUACGGACUACUACCUCAAGGACAAAGACGUCGCAGAAUGGACUGCUGAGUUCCUGCUCGGCGCCUACGGCAAGGUCACCCCUGAGUGGAAGGCUGCCGAUAUGCCGCGUCCGUUCGGCAACGCGUUCGUAGACGGCUUCGACUUCGAUCUCGAAGCGCAAUUCUACAACAUGCCCGGAGGUGAUGAGAAGUUUAUCUACGCCAACUACGAACACUUCGGCAACUACGUCAAGACGCAUUCGAACAUGCUUCUCUCCGCUGCUCCCCAGUGUGUUGUCCCCGAUGCUAGGAUCUCCCCUAUCAUGAAGAAGUUGUCAUUCGACAUGAUCUUCACCCAAUUCUACAAUACCUGGGAAUGCUCUGCUGCCAAGGAGGUCGAUGACAAGAAGAAGAAGCAGCCCAGCACUUUCACCUUCCAAAAGUGGAUCGACGAGAUCAAGGCCUCCGCGAACCCCAACGCCAAGUUCUACAUUGGAUUGCCUGCCGGUCCUGACGGCGUCGAGAACCAUAAGGACCACUACCUCGAGCCCCUUGACGCAGACUUCUUGCUUCGAUUCUACAAGAACGACCCCAGCUUUGGUGGUGUUAUGCUCUGGGAGGCGACUGUGUCCGUCAGGAACCCUACAUAUGGCCAGUCGUACGGUACUUGGAUGAAGAAGUCUCUUGAGGGUACCUUCAUGAAGGAUUUCCACCCCGUCGUGUCUUCCAGCACUCUGUCCUCUUCCACCGUUACCCCGACUUCGACCAAGCUAUCAUCCUCCAGCACCCCUGUCUCGUCUACGAUGGUCUCGUCUUCCACUCCCAUCUCCAGCAGCGCCAUGACUUCCAGCACUCCUGUCUCCAGCAGCAUGGUCUCUUCUAGCACUCCUACUCCCAGCACCAUGAUCACCAGCAGCAGUGUUUCAUCUUCGUCUGCCUACAUCACCUCGAGCUCAGCUUCCAGCAGCAGCUCCGUCCACGUUUCUUCCAGUUCAUCCGUCGCAGAAUCGUCUUCCGUAGCCUCCAGCUCCUCUUCUGUUCACGACGAGAGUAGCUCAGUCUACAGCGAGAUGCCCACUGCUAGUGAGAGCGCCAGCUCCGUUGCUACCGUCAGCAGCACCAUGAUCGAGCCCUCGUCCAUCGCUACCAUCUCAGCAUCUGCCUCCAGCAGCGAGUCGGUCUACGUUCCUCUCCCAACUGAGACUAUCACUGCCAGCUCCGUUGAGUCUGUCAGCAGCAGCAUGAUUGAGUCCUCUUCCGUUCCGGAGAUCACUGCUACUGUCAGCGCCAGCUCGGUAUACGUGACCUCCAGCUCCAUCGAGACCGUCUCUAGCACCCUUAUUGAGCCGUCAUCUAUCGCCACGUUCUCUGCUUCCGAGACCGCCAGCAGCUCCGUCUACGUUCCUUCCCCGAGCGAGACCUCUGCUUCUAGCGAAGUGUCCUCGUCGGCCUCAAGCUCUAGCGACAUGUACCCUACUGGUUCAGUCUCUGCGACUACCCCCGGUGCUUCAAGCUCCAGCGACAUGUACCCCACCGACACUGUCUCCGCGUCCACCCCCGAGGCUGCGUCUUCUACCCCAUACGUACCUUCCAUGGAGUACAGCAUGUCAUUCUCUGCCGUUUACCCAUCCGGAGCCCACUCGUCUGUUGUCUACUCAUCCGGUGUAUCCUCCACCGCAUCGCCGAUGUACCCCACCGACACUGUCUCUGCUACAUACCCUGCUGAGAGCUCCAAGGGCUCUAUUGCAUCCAGCACUGGCCACGUGAGCGUCCCAUCGGUGACCAAGAAGCCUGAGUACCCUGAGUCUUCCAAGGUUCCCGCCGGAUCCACCACCUCAGUCGUCACAACUACCUACGUCGAUGUUUGCCCUACUGGCUUGACCACCGUUACCACCACCUACGUUGCGACCGUCUGCACCAAGUGCGCAAAGCCCACCGGCUCAACCGACGUACCUGAGGGCUGGACCACCAGCGUCUACACUGCCAGCACUGUCACCGUGACCAUCACCAAGCCCAUCGCUACCGCCACCCACGUGCCCGCAUACCCAUCCUCUGCUCCUUCCGUCGCAUACCCUGCAGACUACCCGGCUAAGCCCGUGUCCUCAGGCAAGCCUGCAUACCCUGCCGUCCCUGAGGCGUCUAUGCCCGCAUACCCUGUUGCGCCUGAGGCUUCCAAGGCUGCCGAGUACCCCGCUGUUCCUGAAGCAUCGAUGCCCGCAUACCCUGUCGUUCCUGAGGCUUCCAAGGCUGCGGAGUACCCAUCCGUUCCUGAAGCUUCCAAGGGCGCUGAGUACCCUUCUAUGCCCGAGGCCUCCAAGGCCGCAGAGUACCCUGCCAUGCCCGAGUACCCCAAGAAGCCAGUCGAGCAGGAGGCCACCAGCACCAUGUACAUGACCCUUACCAAGGUCGCAAUGUCCACCUAUACUCCCGCUCCUUACCCAACUGCUGGAGGUGCUCCUUACGUUCCCGCCGGCCCUGCCAUGAACGGUACCAGCAUGUACGUGCCUAUGCCUACUGGUACUGGUAAGCCUACCAUGCCUUCCCAGUACAUGCCGCCUGCGGAGUUCGAGGGCGCUGCUAGCCGUGUUGGAGCUGGAUUCAUGAUGUUCGUUGGUGUUGUCGGUGCUGUUCUACUUCUCUAG